ACAAGUGGCAACGGAAAGAGAUAAGGCUGGCAAGAACAGAGGCUGGCGUGCAGCGUGCUUACUUGAACGACGCGCGCGAUGCGGCCGCUCCAGCUCCGCCUCCGAGUGGCCGGUGCUGCUCGGCCCCGCAGUCUCCUCGGCCGGCCGAGCCCAUGUUGCGGCGGCGGCAGCAGCAGGGCGGCGCUGGUAGCCGCAGCAGCAGCGACAAGAGGAGGGAAGACGACGACGGCUGCGGACGUGGUGAGGAGGUUCUACGACGGCGUGAACCGGCGGGACCUGGCGGCGGUGGAGCCGCUCAUCGCGGAGGGGUGCGUGUACGAGGACCUGGUCUUCCCGCGCCCGUUCGUGGGGCGGAAGCAGAUACUGGAUUUCUUCGGCGAGUUCAUGGGUUCCAUCAGCCCGGACCUGCAGUUCGUGAUCGACGACAUCUCCGCCGAGGACUCCUCCGCCGUCGGGGUCACCUGGCACCUGGAGUGGAGGGGGAGGCCGUUUCCUUUCAGCAGGGGGUGCAGCUUCUACCGCUUGCUCGACUACGACUCGGAGCAGCAGCAGAUCGUGUAUGGUCGAGACUGCGUGGAGCCUGCUGCCAAACCCGGGGAUUUGGCACUGGUCAUCAUCAGGGGAGUGACAUGGAUCCUUGAACGCUUUCCAAGCCUUGCCCGCAUGCUCUGAGCAGUGAGCACAGACACGACAUGCAAUGGCGACGCAGCUUGCUCAAAUUAAAACCCAGAGUGAGAGGAAGCAUUAAAUGCAAGCGUAUAUACCUGGUUGAAUCAUUAAUAGUAGUAGCAGAUGUCUGGAUUGUAGCGAUAAUUUGAACAGCUUAUUUCUUAAAAAAAUAUGUUCAUGCA